AUGUCAGAAACACUAUCAGCCCGUGGAAUUCCGAAAAGUGAACUAAUCGAAGACGUCGAGUCGUGGCUGACAAAAGAGAAGUUAUCGGUUGAAGAAGCUGAAGUGGUGCUCCGCGAAAAGUACGGAAAGUACAAGUACGUCGAAUCGAGCAUGACCGCCCAGAAACAGCGGAUGGCCGAGAAGAUUCCAGAAUUCGAGAACAGUUUGAGCAUUAUCGACACCCUGAUCGCCAAAAGAGCCGCCAACGAGUCAUUCGAAACGACAUUCCUUCUUUCUGAUGACGUCUACACAAAAGCCACGGUUCAGAAACCUGAAACGGUAUCAAUCUGGCUCGGUGCCAACGUGAUGGUCGAGUACGACCUGGAAAACGCCAAAUCCCUCAUCGACAAGAAUCGUGGAUCCGUACAAAAAGUUGUGGAUGAGUUGACCAAUGAGCUGGCCUACAUCAAGGAUCAAAUCACGACGACCGAAGUGAACAUGUCGCAUAUUGUCAACUACGGCGUCAAUAAGCGUCGUGUCGCUGCUAAAUAA